GUCACGCUCCUCGGCCCCGCCUCUCCAGCUCGGUUGUCCAGGUAGAUGCUGAGCAGAUAUUCCAGAUCUCCAGAAUCUCCACUCCAGAAGUCAGUUUUUGAAUAACCUGAGCCACGAUGGGUCGUAAGGAGAUCAACUGCACAUGGAAGAAGAGCACCAACAACAUCAAGGAGAUCUUUGACUUCAAGGAGGUUCUAGGCUCAGGCUCGUUUUCAGAGGUCUACCUGGUGCGGGAGAGGAAGAGCGGCAAUUUCUACGCCCUGAAGUGUGUGAAGAAAAAACAGCUGCAUCACUCCAACCUGGAGAACGAGAUACAAGUGCUGAAGAGGAUAAAGCACAGUAAUGUCGUGGGUCUGGAGGAUUUCUAUGAAAGCAGAACGCAUUAUUACCUGGUGAUGGAGCUGGUGUCAGGAGGAGAGCUCUUUGACCGUAUUCUGGAUCGAGGCGUGUACACAGAGAAAGACGCCAGCCGUGUGAUCAAUCAGGUCCUGGAGGCCGUUUCCUACCUGCACCAGAACAGCAUCGUCCACCGAGACCUGAAGCCAGAGAACCUGCUGUACUACAGUCCAGAUGAAAAUGCCAAGAUCAUGAUCAGUGACUUCGGUUUGUCCAAGAUGUCUGAUCAUGGUGUGAUGUCCACCGCCUGCGGGACGCCGGGAUAUGUUGCGCCGGAGGUCCUGGCUCAGAAACCCUACAGUAAAGCUGUGGACUGCUGGUCAAUCGGAGUCAUCACCUACAUUCUGUUGAGCGGAUACCCGCCGUUCUAUGAGGAAAACGAGACCCGUCUGUUCUCCAAAAUCAUGAAGGCAGAGUAUGCGUUUCACUCGCCGUACUGGGACGACAUCUCCGAGUCCGCGAAAGACUUUAUCAGGCACAUGUUGGAGAAAAACCCCAGCAAACGCUACACCACUGAACAAGCGCUCAGUCAUCCAUGGAUUAUUGGAGACACGGCGCACAACGACAACAUCAUUCACUCCGUCUGUGAGCAGAUACAGAAGAACUUUGCCAAAUCCAAGUGGAAGCGUGCCAUCAAUGCAUCAGUGGCAGUCAGUCACAUGCGCCGUCUGCAGCAGAGCCACACUGACCCCGCCCCGCCAGCCCCCACACCGCUUAUACAGGUGCUGGACGUCUCCGCCCCCGGUCCACCCCCUGACCUGUUGGACACCAAUGGGAACCCGUCCUGCAGUCACAUGUCCCUGGCACCUCAUGCUGAUGUCAGGGGGCGUGGCCCGCUCAAGGCCUGCAAUAGUGAGCCGAUGCACGCGCUGGUGAUCUGCGAGACGGGUCAACAUGCAUAUCACUCUGAAUCUGACCUGCCCUGUGCUGCUAGCAGGUCGGACAGAGUGACAGAUGGGCGGGGCCUUUCUAUGCAGACCGGAGUUUGCAGUGUGAUGUAAUGCUCUGAGCUGUGAUUGACAGCUGUCAGUCAGAUGAGGUGUGUGUUUCUCUCACGGCUGUGACUGAGUGCCAAUCUCACACUGCGUCUGCGUCUCACAUCCAGAGGAAUUCAGGAUCAGGCCGAUCAUUCUCAUCCUCCGUCUGUUUUUUCCACAUCCAGCAGUCGCCGAGCAUCAUGGGAAGGCGGAUCACAUGUGCCACUGUAUUAUUGAGAACGGCUGCGGGGUUUUAUUCCUGAGGGGAGCCGGAGGACUGUGUUUAAAGAAGAUUAUUUUCGUAUUUAUCGCUCAUAUUGGAGGAGCUGCUCUCUGUAUUUAUCUUUUGUAUCUGCAGAUUUGGAGAUCAGCUGACUGCUGGUUUAGGGAUUUAUAAUGUGUGUAUCACAGAGCGCUGAUGUAAACAAACGCUAAUGUGUGUCUGUAUUAAACACAUUUCAAUAAAAGUAUUUACACACCA